AUGCCGUCCCCCAUCCCCGUGAGCCGCCUGCUGCCCAGAGACGUGUACCUGUCCGUGGACCUCGGAACCUGCAGCAGCCCGCUCACCAAGUUCUCCCACGGCUCCAGCCUGCAGGUCCCGGCCCAGCGGCUCUACGACAAGGUGUCCAGCCGCCACUGGUCGGCCGUGAUCCACUGGGAGCAGCUGCGCGCCGUGGAGCCCGUGGGCUCCGGAGGGUUCGGCUCCGUCUACAAGGCGGAGUACUUCGGGGAGACGGUGGCGCUGAAGAAGGUGAAGAAGUGCACCAAGAACAAGCUGGCCUCCUGGCAGAGCUUCUGGGCCGAGCUCAACGCGGCACACCUGCGCCACGCCAACAUCGUGCGCGUCAUCGCGGCCACCACCGGCGUGCCCGAGGUGUUCGGAGACGAAAGCAGCAUCGGAACCAUCCUGAUGGAGUUCGUGGGGAGCAGGAGUCUGCAGCAGCUGAUCUACGGGGACGCGGAGCAGCUCGCGGAGGACCGGUGGCUCCGGUACUCCUCGGACAUCGCGCACGGCCUCAGCUUCCUCCACGCGCACCGCAUCGUGCACCUGGACAUCAAGCCCGCCAACGUGCUGGUGUCCAGUGAAGACGUCUGCAAGAUCGCCGACUUCGGCUGCUCCCUGAAGCUGGACGGUACCUGUGAGGUGAGCGCCACCAGCCCGCGCAUGAGCCACGUCUGCGGGACGUACACGCACCGCGCGCCGGAGCUGCUGAAGGGCGAGGCGGUGUCUCCCAAAGCGGACAUCUUCGCCUUCGGCAUCACGCUGUGGCAGCUGCUGACCAGAGAGCCGCCCUACAGCGGCGACCGGCAGCACGUCCUCUACGCGGUGGUGGCGCACAACCUGCGGCCGUCCAUCCAGCAGCACCACGUGUUCCGCUCGGAGAGAGGCCGGCUGUGCGGGACGCUGCUGGGCCGCUGCUGGGCCGGAGAGGCCCGCUGCAGACCCAGCGCCCAGGAGCUGCUGCCUCACCUGGAGCAGCUGAGCGCCCUCACGUGACCAGACCGGGACUGUCUGAUGCGGUUUUAGCCUCGUUUUACUGGGUGGUCCUCUGCAGGCUGGACUCUACAGGAACCAGCAGCGGACUGAACAUCUGCUCAGCUUUGGUGGUGGAUCCAGUUUAGAUGUAGAAGAGUAAAUGCCUUAAAGUCAGCAGAGCACCAUGUGAGGAUGUGCCUUCAAACCACUUCCUUGGCCUGCAGUGAUGCACGCUGGACACUGGCUCUGGGCAGAGAGGCUCAACAGUGCAGCCAGUGAGGGCAUUUACACUGAGUGGAGUUUGGUGCCAGUUACCAGAAGUUCUCAGAACUUGUCCCACUGCAGGCUGACCUGCUGGACACACCUCUGCUGCUCUGUGAAGGAACAUGGCUGUGCACCAUGAUGUGUUAAUUGAGUUUUAUUCCCGACAUCAAGAUGCAAUAUGAGAUGACGGGUUUUCAAUAAAAUGUUUUUUAUACUUUA